UAUAAGCUAAGCUUACCCAUCGUUGACUGCCAAAGGUGCAUAAACUCAGCAUGGACGAUUUGUCGGUGUCCAAGGGUGUUUUUGCCCACUGCAAAAGGCCCGUGGUAGGAAAAAAGCCGGUGAAAAAACGCAAGAGUGAUGAAUACAUGACCAGCAAGCCUUUUCUCCAGCACAAGAGCGAACCCUGGUACGAGGCAUAUUCGGAGAUCAGUUUGGCAAUAGAUAGAGUUGCAGCUGAGGUACACGACAACACGUUCAGGCAGCUUCUGUAUGAUUUGAGGGAUUUCGUCGUCAAGAUUAAGAACAUGCCUCUAUUGUCGGAUGAAAUAUCAACUGGUAUUCUUCUAGCAGGUGUCAAUCUACCUGACCACGACUUGCUGUUGCAAAAGCUGGUAGGUGAACUGGAGUCAGUCACACCUUAUGUGGCCACUGCUUGGUCCAGGGAUGCUGUAAGCUUAAAGCAUUUGACCGAAGAAGUGGUGUAUCAGAUAAUCAAUCAAUCAAAUCCUGAAGAUUAUGAAGUGAAAAAGAGUAAUUGUACCUUUUGCGCACUUAAUGCUUGGCACCAAGAAACUAACAAUGGAGAAACUCCGUUGGUCAUUUUAAUAGCUGACUUUGAAAGCUUUUGUCCCACGGUAUUACACGAUUUCAUACUUAUUUUAAGUUCUUACAUGACGACCAUAAAAUUUGUACUGAUAUUUGGCGUUGCAACAACUUUGCACAUUAUACACAGGUCUCUGUCAUAUGAUGCCACAUCGAAAUUAAAGUGCCAAGUCUUUCGAAUGAAAAAUCAAGUAGAAAUACUGGAAAAUGUAUUGGAUGGCAUAAUAUCGUCACCCGACAUUCCGUUCAAAAUAAUCGGCGGGACGUUUGAUAUGCUCGUUGACAUAUUUUUGUGGUAUAAUUUUUCAGUUGAAGAUUUCCUUAAAAGUUGCAAGAUAUGCUUGUGGAGGCACUUUUAUAAUUCAAAUGAAAAAAUAAUUUGCUGCAAAAAAGAAGUCAUAUCGGAAAACGUGGCUCGUUUGACAAACGAUGAUUUUAACAAAUUGAAAAAACUUGCAUCGAUUAAAGAGUAUCUGGAUCAGUCAAGGAAAGGAAAAAAAGUAACCGAUGCCAGAUUCAAGGAAAUAAUAAUGGAUCUACUAGAAGACUAUCUCGACUAUAUGAAUAAUUUUUUAUUGAUACUUAGAUGUUUGUUUAAAUUAUCCUGUAACGUUGGAUUUCCUUUUGGAAAAACUUUUCGGCAAUUGUAUGUCACCGCUAUUGGCCAACUCGAUCUAUGUGAAACUCCCGAAUACAAGAAAGCCACACAAUUAAUGUUUUUUCUAUCCAGAGAAGAAAUUUUAUCAAACAUACUCAUGAUUAUUUCUCAUCUGGAAAAAUCGGAAUCGAUACCCAAAGACAUUACGACUCGUUUUGGACAUCAUUACGACGUAUUGAAAAGCGCCAGUGAGGUUGAAAUUGAAGAAGAAAACAAAAAGUCGCUAGCACAAAUUAGAGGACGAAGCCAAUUGCUCAAUACUUUGAAACAUAAUUCGUUAACGUCCAACCUAUCGGAUUACAAAAAAGCCAAGAUCGACUUUAAAAACUUUCUCAAUAAGGAAUUCUUCCAAAACUAUUUGAGGCACCCUAGAAAAGUGCCGAUACACGAAAUUUUUUGUUUCAACGACCUGGGCACCGUGCAACAUUACAUCAAGGGCUCGACAAAAGCUUCGAUUUACAACAGCUUGAACGACCCACAUAUUUUACUGCCUAACACCUGCUGUGUCAAUCAACCUAACAUUUCUCAGCAUCCGGACAUCAAUAUAAUCUAUGCAUUGCACAUGGAGAACAGAAAAAUGAUCAACAUGUACGAUUGGCUGCAGGCCUUUGUAUGCAUCGUGGAUCCAACUGCUGCCGGUGAAGAGAAGGAAAUCGAUCCACUCUUGCAGGCCCGUUUUUCUCGGGCAGUGGCGGAGCUUCAAUUUUUAGGCUUCAUCAAGCCCACGCGCAGGAAAACCGAUCACGUCAAACGAUUGACUGUUUAAAUUGCACAGCAUUGCUGUACUUGAAACAAAAACUCCUUUACCUCUGAAAUUACACGUGCCUUGAUUUGAUGAACUUGAAGUUAUGAAUUAUUUGUACAAUUGUCACAGAGCAAACU